CGGGUAACCAAUCGCGUAUGGGUUAUUCGGGUCAGAACUAUGACAACACUACCCUAUCGUCGAAGCUAGCAGCUCGCGCAAUAUACGGCACGUUGAGGCCGUGCCCAGUGUACAAUGCCACCCCUUUCGACAUUGCAGCGAUAUAUCAAACUUUCCGGGGAUAUAUACACAAAGAGAGCCUAGUAACAAUGAGCUGACUCGGGAAUCGGUCAGACAUCGUGUUUCCGACAGUGUGUUCUAAACACCUCCUCAGGCAUCGUGAUUGAGAUAUCUGUGCUAAAUCGUCGGGAACUAGAGAGCUUGAUGGAGGACGUGGCUGCCGUGGGGAACUAACCAUCGAUUGACUACUUAGACAAGUGUGUGUGUGUUGCGGACAUAGCGACGGGGCAACUCAAUACAGUAUUCCAUAUAUAAUAGAAAACUCCUCUGGGAGAAGAUGGCAUCAGAGGGUAUAGAAAUGGCCAACUUACCAAAUCCGUCAAAUACAGCGGACUCACCCGGGCGUAAAUUACCCAAAUGGUUCGUGGAUCAAACAAACACAAACCAUCAACAGGCCGCAUACCUGGCUAAAAUAUAUCGAAUGAAAAACCAGCUAAUACAAGAAGAACGAAGUAAAAUGAAAACAGCGGUAGAUCGUGUUUCCCAUCGAGGAACGGCGAAUAAAUACAAAGCGCCACCACCGUUAAUAUGGAAGCCGGGCACGGGGCCAACAGUUGCCAUGACAGCAAGGGAGCGGCAGCUUGAGAAGAUUCGUAGCAUGCGACAGCGCCCUCCACAUCCAAUGCUUCAUCCAAUUCUGGGACAGACAGUGUUCGAUUCGCCUCGGAGAGCGAGUAGCGAACCCAAACUGAAAACAGAUAUGGAAUCAACAAGUUUGACAUUUCCGCGAAAAAAUUCAUUCCUCGACGCAUUUUUGAACAAUAGCAUGGAAGGUAACGGUUCCAGCUUUUCGCAGUUACGUUCGAGUGAAGGAAACCACCCAGGGGUAUCCUCAUUAAUGAAAAACAUUAUCCCCACGGCGAGUAUACCAAAUAUCGGACGACGAGCUGUUAAUACAAGGGAGAGAAUAGGAGGGUUCACGGUCAAGAAAGCUGAGCACCCACGCGACAAAGAACACGAUUCGAAACCCAGGGGUAAACUAUAUAAAGUUACGGAAAGACACGGACAAAGACGAUAUCUGAAAGCCGAUUCGGAUGAGAUUGACCUUUCACCCGAGACUUAUCGGUUUGAUCUACCGUAUGAAGACAAUGUGUCUCGAUGGUAUAGGAAAGGUGAUCGCACGUUACUGGUCCCUAACAGCACGCCUGUUUCCUUCGCUGAACUUAGAGGGCGCGAGAUAGAUGACGCUGUUAUCAAACAAGUGAAAUGGAGCAACGAUUUAGUCGUCCUUCGGAGACCGAGACAAUCGGGAUAUUUUGGUCAUUCACAUAGCAACGAAGAUGAACUGAUUGGAAAACAGCGAGAGGGUAUCAAACUACCGCAAAUCGCCAACAAUAAUAACUCUGUAUUCCAACAGGAGUCAUACCGUGACGCCGAUAACGUCGACGCCGAGUGCCCUGUUUGUGUUGUGGAGAGGACGUCGGACGGCAGUGGUUCACCCAAUAACAAAAAACACAUGAUACACAUAGACAUGCCUACGUUGGAGAUGAGCGCAGCCAACAGCCCAGUGCAACCACCAAACAAACACUCCCCACUUCCGCCACCACCAGUACAAACCAGUUCUACUGGCAAAACACUUCGGCCCAAAUCAGACUGAUUCUAAUGGCUGCCUGCAAUCGAAUAUGCAGUCCUUUUCCAGUUUUUUUUUUCUUCUCAUCACUAUUGAGCUUUUGGAUUUAUUUUCUUGAUUUCUGUCCAUAUUUUUUUUAUCAAAAACCUCCAGCCCCCCCCCCCCAGAUUUUAAAUGGCGACCCUUAAACAAACACUACACAUAACGAGUCUAGUUCUCUCAAAUUCCUAGCGAAUUGGCUAACUGCUUGCUUGAGUUUUGACUAAACGAUUGGCUUUCGAAUUUCGCUGGCGCCGGUUUGUGAUCGCGUCCACUCUUGGCGAGUCUAUAUUGCAUUAGGGGACAUAGAAUGUUUUUACGCAUCCUCAGGUUGGUACAUGUCUGGAUUCCCCUGAAUGAUUUG